CACCAUGUGGUUGCUGGGAUUUGAACUCAGGACCUUCAGAAGAGCAUUCAGUGCUCUUACCCGCUGAGCCAUCUCUCCAGCCCCCAGGAACAGAACUCAUAACCUCAUUGAAGAUAACCAUUUAAUUUUGAAGUUCCUUUAGUUUGAAUUUGACCUGAAAUCUUUAUCACAAUGAUAACCUCUAUUUAAUAUGCAGUCUUUGAAUAUUAUAACUGAUUUCCUUUGUUUACAGCUAUUCUAUAUAGUGUUGUGCAAUGUUUCAUUGACUCCUUACUUGUGUGUAGUUCCUGUUUUCUAUAGUUUGGGAAUCCUUUGGAAUCCUUUCUUGGUAUCAAAACUUUAUAAAGUUGUAUACUACAUUUUAGCACCCCAUUGUCAGAAGUUCUGUCUUCCAUAGUCAGGUAAGUGACAGCAGAGGUUAAAUAUAAGUUAAAAAAAGGAGGGGGGCUGCCCAGGAUCACUAUCCAAAUAUCAGCUGUUAGAGUCUUCAGCUCAGUAGUUAUAAGUGGAAAGGAGCACUUCCUGUAUCGGCAGCAUCCUUUACCAGGAGUGAAAAGAUAAUUGUUUUCCAUCCCUAUAAAUAAUAUAUAUUUUUACUCAGUAACUCAAAAUUGGUCUUACUUAUUUUCAUACUUCAAAAGCAUUUCUUCUCCUAUUGAAAAUGUCGUGUAGAAUGUCCUUUGAGAAUACCUUACACAUGGGUGAAGUGAUUUUUUCCAAAGUAGUUCUUGUUUUUUCUGUAGUUAAGUUCCUUGUACCAUUAAAUGGCACUUUUCUUCUGCCUUCUUGGGAUAAUUAUAUUUGUACUUGAUCCUAUUUUGGACAUUGUUGGGUUCUAUUUGACAAGCUACAAAAGGACAUCAGGUGUGGAGAACUCAUCCUGGGUCUAGACUGAUACCCACAUUUUCCAGUGAUUCCUUUUCUUUGGUUUGGUGCCUAUCUUUCCAGCCAAAUACUGAUUCCCUAAUUAAUCCCAAGGGAUUCCCCCCUCCUAAUGAAGCUGUAAAGUGAGAGCAGAAAUCUACCUUGAGAGACAUCCAGGAAAUAGUAGGUUUCAUCUUUCCUCAGCUUGCCUGUCUUUGGUGAGUUGGAAAGUGUUGACAGAGUCUUGAGCCCUCUUGGCAGAGAAUAAGGGUCAGAAAGAGAACUCAAGCAGAUGUCCAGGUCCUUACUUGUCUCGUUAGGGAGAAUUCAUCCUUGUCUGUCUGGUUGGCAGGGCACAUGUUAGUCACUGAGACCCAGCAUUUCAGCAGUUUGCAGAAGUGAUAUGAACAGACAGCUGCAAGUGAGACACAGCCUAGUUCUGAAGAGAUGAAGCAUUCACUUCACUUGGAAGAAAGAGAAGGAAGGAAGCCUAGGGCUUAACAGGCACUGGUCUCCAAGUUCAUUGAUCAUGGCUCCUCGUUCACGGCGGCGAAAGCACAAGAAACCUCCACCGGUGAUUCCCAUGCUUGAAAUCCCACCCACAGAAGUGUCUCCAGUGUCUCCAGCCCUCUCAAAACCUGGCCCUAGCAUUGAUGCACUUGGCUUCAUUUCCUUGGACAAUAAUGUACCAGGUCUGUCCCAGUUGAUCCUCCAAAAGCUGAACAUGAAAAGCUAUGAAGAAUACAAGUUGGUGAUAGAUGGGGGAACCCCAGUGUCAAGCUUUGGAUUUCGGUGUCAACAAGAAAUGUUCCAGAAGAUGGAGGACACUUUCAGAUUCUGUGCUUAUUGUAAAGCGCUUCCUCAUAGCCUUUCCAAUUGCAAGGCUCUCCGGCACUGUAAGAGAUGCAGAAAUGUCUACUACUGUGAUACAGAGUGCCAGAGGUCAGAUUGGCCAGCACAUAGGAAGGUUUGUCGAGAGCUUCGUCUUGUGGCUGUAGAUCGUGUCAUGGAAUGGCUUCUGGUCACAGGUGAUUUUGUCCUACCCUCAGGACCUUGGCCAUGGCUGCCUGAAGAUAUACAGAAUUGGGAUACCUGGUUUUCUAUGAGGGGUUUACAGCUAGAAUCUACAUUGAAUGCUCUUCUGGGUAGUUACGCUAUGACCAUGCUUUGGGAGAGUCUAGGAAGGCCACGGCCAGACUCAGAUGUCUUGCAUGGCUCUUUGAAGCGGUUGAUGACAGAUGUUCUGUCACGGCCCUUGACCCUGGGCUUAGGGCUUCGGACUCUGGCAAUAGAUGUUGGGAAGCCUGGGGGAAGCACAUUGCAUGUGGUUGGUGCUUCCCACGUGGAGACAUUUCUCAUUCGUUCUGGAGAUUAUGAUGAGCUUGGCUAUAUGUUUCCUGAACACCUUGGCUUUCGUGUGAUCAUGGUGGGUGUGGAUGUGGGUACUGACCUUUUACAGAGUUCCUCAUCUUUACCUCUGGAGCCUGGAACAAUUCAGCUUAGUGGCCACAGGGCCAUGUAUCAUGACUUCUGGGAGGAGCAGAUAGAGACUGGGAAUCUGGCCCAUCCAGAUUUGGUGGCUGCUUUCCAUCCAGGUUUCCAUGCCUCCCCAGGCUUGAUGGAAGCUUGGCUACCUACCCUGCUGCUACUUCGUGACUAUGAGAUUCCAACAUUGAUUACUGUUUACAGCCAACCGGAAUUGGAAGCCUCUUUGCAGAUUCUUGUGAACUUGGAUACACACAUCAUUGCUUGUGGAGCCAAUCCUUUCGCGUCCCUUAAACCAGAACAGGUCUAUUCUAAUCCCAACAAGCAGCCAGUAUACAGUAGUGCCUACUAUAUCAUGUUUCUUGGAAGUUCCUCCUGCCAAUAAGAAGCAACUAGAAGAAAAACCUUGAUUUUUUUCAGUAAUUGAACCAGAUCCUAACUGAAUGCCUGGAAAAUGGAAGCUUAAUCAAAUAACCCUGUUGAUGUUAGAUUUUUGCCAGCUUUGAAACAUAUUGUAUGCUAAGCCUUAUUCACAGUUCAAGUAAAGAUUCUAAACCAAUGGAA